AUGGCCACCAUAAUCGGUUGCUCCCUUUCUUCUUUUCCCUCUUCUCGUUUCCAUUCUUUCCAACACAAGACAAAUCCCAAGUUUGUCAACAGGCAUUACCGGACAAUUUAUGAUAGAGACAAAUCAUACCAGCAUACUGCGCUUGUUGUUGGCUCUGGGAAUCAGCCACAAAUCAGUGAUCUUCAAAAUUGUUUUCAUUUAUCAGAAAAUGUUGGAAAAACAGGGGUAGUCUCAUUCAGUAAACAUGCAUUUAGCAGAGAUAACAAAGUCAUUCUAUCAGAUUCAGAAAGGACUAAGAAUAGCAUAUCAUGGAUUAUAGGUCCUGCUGUACUAGUUGCUUCUUUCCUUUUUCCUCCAUCCUCUUUGUGUGACCUACUGCUUAACAAGUUUGGACGCACGUCAUUAACAAUUGUCACCAUAAUAUUCCUCAGAGAAUCAGUUUUCUACAGUGGUGUUGGGGUUUUUCUUUAUCUACUGAACUCUUUAAUUGGGAGCAUACAAUCAGAACAUUCGGCAAACAAAAGUGGUACUCUGACUCCACAAUUGGAACAUGAAAUCUCUUCUGUUGUUAAUCUGGUGCUUGGUACAGCACUUCCAGCAGCAGCAAUGGCUUCCGCCUGGCAAUGGACUUUCCCUAUCAUUGCCUCGGCUGUUGGUCCACACCUGGUUGCUUCAGUUGCCCAAUUCAUAUUUGAAAAGCAAGCAAGAAAAUGGAAAUCACCGUCACGAAUUGCUAUUCCUUUUAUCUUCCAAGCGUAUAGAAUGCAGCAAAUUCACCGAGCAACAGCUAUGUUAACAUAUGUGUCCUUUUAUAGCACAUCGCCUGUACCCAUUUUGAAAAAACUUUCAAAGGUCCUUGCCUUGCUUUUUGUGAUAUGUAUUUGGUCUUUCUCAACCUUGGUGAUGAGAUUGCUUCUGCAACUAAGCAGAGAGGCCAAGUAUGCGUAG